AAUCAGGAAGAGAACGCAACCUCAAAUGAAUGUUUAGACUCGAGGAUGCAGUGGUAUGCCCGUCAAGUGGCAAACAAUCCAUGCUCUGUAAUUCUGUUUGUGUUAGCGGUUGCCCUUGGCUGUGCAAUCCUCUGCAUUACUUUGAAUGACUUGCCAAACUUCAAAGAACCUUUGCUGGGAUUUGAACCUCGAGGAACUUUAUUGUCACAGAGGGCAACAGCGUGGCAAAAUCUCCUCAAGAGCACCAGCUGGAACGGUCCUCUCACCUUCUAUCCCGGCAGUAUCGUAACAGACAUCACCAACGAAACAUUAGAAGCUGCUCAGUGGCAGAAACUAUCUAAGAGCGGGAAAAAUGUCACAAAUAACUCGAACGAAAUUGAAGAACCUGUGGGCCCGUGGCUCCAAUUGGAAACAGAAGAGAGGGAUUUUGGUCAUCUGGAUGAGGAUGAUGAAGACAGCUCUGGCCGCAUUGUAUUUGAAAGACCAUCUCAUCAUUCUAAACCAAACAAGAUAUUCAUCGUUGAAAGAAAGAACUUUUUUUGUAAUAAUCCUUCACGUGAUUAUGCCCAUGUUAUAAUACAAUCUGUAUCAGGAGACAAUUUAUUCACGGUGGAAGGCCUCAGAGGUGUCUGUGAUAUUGAUGAGAACAAACUCAGAAAAUCAAAACAAUUUCCUGCACUAUGCGAACAGGAACAGACCACUUGGAGAACAUGCUGCAAAAGCUGGUCCAUUUCCAACUAUGUCAUACUCUUGAGGAACCUUUCCUCUUGCCACGAGAUCAAAGAAUCGGACGUAACGGCCGUUUUGGAUCUGUUGAAAUUGUGUGCACAGUUUUAUCAUGACAUGAAGCUCACACAUGACUGCAGUGUGGACCCGGUCCUUUGCCGCGACAUUCCCAAGCAGUGCAUAGAGUAUGACGCCGUGUACAAUAUCUUGCACUUCUUGACCGAUGUCAAUUUCUUCAACACAAAAUCUCCAAAUCUCAAUGUUCCUAAACUGACAUACACUACUGUGUUUCUCCCUACUGCUCAAAGUUCUGAGGCCUUAAGUUAUUACAGAGAUUUAGAAAAUAUGAAACUGUGCAAUGAUGUUGUGGAAGUUGUUGGGAUGGAGUUGGGGUUGAAGUAUAAAUUAUUUUCUGACUGCUUGUUGCAUGACACCAUAUACAUCGGCAUGGCCGGAGUUCUCAUCUUUUUAUUUUUGUGGAUGUAUUCCUCAUCCUUUUUUGUGACGUUCAUGACUGUUUGCAGUGUUGUGUUCAGUGUUGGGACUGCAUAUUUCAUGUACAGCACUGUCUAUCAGAUCACUUUCUUCCCAUUCAUGAAUUUGCUCACUAUCGUGAUUAUCAUUGGUAUUGGUGCAGAUGAUGCUUGUAUAUAUUGUAAAAUAUGGGCUUGUGCAAAAGCAGAAAAGAAUAACGGAACGCUAGUAAAACUGGUUCGUGAUACUCUUCAUCAUGCCUGUAUGUCUAUGUUUGUUACAAGUAUUACUACAGCUGUGGCGUUUUUUGGCAGCAUUGUUAGCAAUAUUACUGCUGUUCGUUGUUUUAGCAUUUUUGCUGGAACUGCUGUCUUGGCCAAUUUCAUUUUCACUGUUUCAUGGCUUCCAGCAUCAGUCAUCAUGGCAGAAAAAUGGUGCUCUUCAACUUGUUGUCUCUGCAUACCGCCACUUGGAUUAUACUUACCGCAGUUCCAGCAUAUAUGGUGGUGUAGCUCAUUAUGCAACGCCAUUUGGAAAUUACAUUAUAGUUUCACCGAUUCCUCUCGGGUAUUCUUUGAAAAAAUAUUGCCUUGCAUAAUUGUGAAAUCACGGUAUUUUUGGCUCGUAAUCUUCACUGCUGUAGCUGCUGGAGCUGCCGUGAUUGUUUUCUACUACCCCAAGCUCCAACUUCCAAGUUCAAAAGAGUUCCAGAUAUUCAGUGCGGAACAUCCCUUUGAAAAAUAUGAUCUCUUUUUGAAAAAAUACUUUUGGUUUGAGAAAGCUAAAGAACAAGAUUCAUACAGAAAAAUGCCAGUGCGUAUUGUUUGGGGUGUACUACCUGUUGAUAAUGGAAAUUAUUUGGAUCCUUAUGACAGAGGGGACAUUGCAUUUGAUCCAGACUUUGAUUUGGCGUCUCCAGAAUCACAGCAAUGGCUUUAUAACUUCUGCAUACAGCUUCGAAACCAGAGUUUCUAUCAAUCAAUGCAUGGGCCCUUGAUGUUCAAUUGCUUUAUCGAAACAUUUCGAACUUGGAUGGAAAGACGUUGCGUUGAUGGAAUCUCAGACAUGGAUAGAACACCAUGCUGCGAAACUUCUAAAUUUCCAUUCAGUGAAAAAAUAUUUAACUACUGUAUUAAGGAAGCUAUUGUCAUCUUACAUCAUGCCCCAGGAUAUUUUGUUAUACCCUCUGUAGAAGGUUUACGGUUUUCAAAAUCAACUGGAAAAGUUCAAGCAGCAGUUAUUCAGUAUGACAGCUCUUAUUCAUACACAAGUUCAUACCAUGAAAUGUAUGAAUUUAAAACUGCUGUUGAUGAAUGGGUUACAUCAAAACUGGAAGAAGCUCCUGUUGGGCUUAGAAAUGGGUGGUUUAUCAGCGACCUUGAUUUUUUUGAUUUGCAGGACAGCUUGUCUAAAGGAACUAUUGUAGCUAUCGGUGUGGCUAUUGCUGUAUCUUUUGGUGCCCUCUUGCUGACUACGCUCAAUUUACUGAUCAGCCUGUUUGCCAUUCUCACAAUUUCAUGCAUAAUAAUAGUAACUGUUGCAUCAUUAGUUUUAAUGGGAUGGAAAUUAAAUAUUUUGGAAAGUACUACUGUAUCUAUUGCUAUUGGCUUGGCUGUGGAUUUUACUCUUCAUUACGGAGUGGCGUACAGACUUUCAGCUCAAGAAGACAGAGAAUCGUCCGUCAUUUUCUCCCUAAGCCGGGUAGGGAGCCCCGUUGCCAUGGCAGCAUUCACCACAUUCAUGGCUGGAGCCCUCAUCUUCCCUUCGGUCAUAUUAGCUUAUGUGCAAAUAGGAAGAUUUCUAGUAAUAUUAGUGACAGUAAGCUGGUUGUAUUCUACGUUCUUCUUUAUGUCAUUACUCAGUGUGGCCGGUCCUCAGAAUGGCCAACUGCAACUGAAUUUUCCAUCCUUCAACUGCUGUGAAACAACAUCUGUGCCGGUAGAAAAGAACCCAUAUGCACUGUCCGAGUCGACAUUAUCAUCAAGUAGUGCGAGCUAUCCAAAUCAAAUUCCGACCAGCGAAAGCCAUGAGCUUGAGCCACUGACUACGCUAAAAGCUGGCCGAAUGGAUGUGCCAAAGUUUGUGAAAAAGAAACAUGGCCACAGAUUCAGGCAAAGGUCUGGAAGUUUGUCUUCUGCCUCCACAAGGACCAGAGAUCCUACGUUGCCCUCUAAGCUAAACAGAACUCCUAGGAAAAUCAGUUUGCCUACUGUCAAUGUGACUUUCCAUGGUGAAUCUGGUGCUGAAUUAUCCAUGGGAGCUGCAAGUUCAUCUACCAUUAUCUGUGCUGAAGAAGAAAAAGAUUCUGCGGUACAACCAUUUUCGAAAGACGACGUGCCGGAACUGUGGACUCCGAAAGAAAUAAGUGUGUGAUUGACGUGUUGUAAAUUCUAGUACUUGGUGCUUAAAGGCUUAAUUUUUACAUUUUACUGAAAAUCAUUUUUGCUAAACUUUACAUUUGAAGUCAUGUAUUU